AUGACCAGAAAAAAGUUUGAUUUAUCAAAGUACAUCGGAGGAAUCAAGAGGAACUCGACAGGACACGUGGUUGCUGCCGAAGCUACUACUCUUUUGUUUGGAAUCAAAUUCAAUCCAAAACUGAAUGCAAAGGAAGGACGUUUGGUGGGUAACGUUACACUUCUUUGUUAUGAGUGGUCAGAGAUAAAGACUUAUACUUAAGUCAUUACAAAAUGCACAACCAUUAUUUUACGUUAGACUCUUAUCUCUGUCGAUUUAACUUUUAUCCCCUAAAAUUACAUGAAGAACACUCGGUAAUUUCAGAUUACGGUAGCCUCAUCUGUGCAAGACUCAAAAAAAAAAAAAUUAGAAAAUUUUGGGCAAAUUGACAAACAUUGUAGUUAAUCUGAAUCUUAUCAACGAGUUUUGCAUAAAUAAUAACUUGCACUAAUUGAUAAACCAUUUUCACAAACAUGACAUCGGUGUAACUGGUGUAAAUGAAAGUAGGUUCACGCUAUCAGUCAAACUACUCGCACCAAUGUAACUAUAUUUUCUAUUAAGGAACAGAAAAAGCUGUGAUAAAAUGGAAAUAUUUCUUAACAGGAGGAUAAGGUGGUCGAGAAAUGGGAAACAGAAUUCAAUAAACUGAUGGACACUACUAAAACAACUAAUGCGAAGCUUUACUACAUGACAAAAGUUAGGUAUGAGUUUUUCAAAUUUGUUGCCACAAAUCCAUGUUAUAUUUUUAAGAGGUUUUUAACGUGACCAGGGGAAGAGUAUUGGGAAAUCCCCGUCACUGUCUGGCUUGAUAACACUGACGUUGUUACCAACAUUCUUGACAACAGCAAGCGAGUUAUCUGUUACAUUAGCGAAAACGUUAUCGAUUAUUCACCUUAGUAGAGGUAAAUAUUCACCACUUUCACUGGCACCGAUGUCAAUAUUGUUUUGGAUUAUAUUACUCAAUAACCUCACAAUUACAUUCUUCGUUUCAAUACACCAAAAUAUAGUUAAAUUUUCACUCGUGACGGGCGAUUAUAAUGUCUUCUCGGUCGCUCGAAAGUGAUUACCGCUGGCUGAUCACUUUCGAGCUAACCAAUCAGCACGCGUGAAAAGCUCUAUUCACCUGUGUGGUAUUUUCUAUUAGAACGGAUAUGAAGCUUUUAUAAGACUCAGUAGGAUUCUUCUCUUCUCGUGCCUUGUAGAUAUGAAGGAGAUUUAGACGAAAGUAUUCAAGACGACAUCAUUCUGCUUUCUUGUGGAUACAUCCUUGUUACUUUCUAUGCUUCUGUAAUGCUGGGAAAUUUCAGUCGCAUGAAUACCAAGGCAAGUGUUUCAUCCUCUGAUUUCUGUCACUCAUUUUAGGCACACUUUAGGCAUGUAACCUAUCCGUUUAGAUCCUCUGAUUGGAGUAACCGAGAUGAAGAUAAGGAUACUUUAACAUCAGUAUGCAUAUUCUCCAUGCUGACAAAAAUAAUUCCACAAUCAAGAGCUUUUUAAGUUAGUAAUCAUUUCCUCAAGUCUCACGAUGUUAAUGCGUGAUUCAAGAGUGAUGUUGUAAGGAGAAAUUAGAUGCUGGACACUCUCAAGUGUCAAAGGGUUCAAGGUUUCUAUAUAACGGAGCAGUGUAAAAGACAGUAAAUUGGAUCAGAAAAAUUAUUUGCCGCUGUGUGAAAAGGAGGAAACAUUAGGAGCAAAGCUUUUUAGGGCCCUUAGCUAGGUUUUUAGUUCCAAUGAAAGUUAACAUCCUCUUAAUUAGGAUUCUAAUACGAUGACAUCUCUAAACAAUCUUUAAUUCAUCUCCUUAUUACCUGCAUACAGGUUUGGCUAGCGUUAUUUGGGGUUCUUUGCGUUGGCUUAUCUAUCGGUGUGUCAUUUGGAAUAGCAAGUGCAUUUGGGGUUUUUUACGGUCCGAUUCAUUCUGCAUUACCUUUCCUUUUACUUGGUAAGUGUACCUAAAUGUGAAUGAAGGCAUGUGGAUCUGACAACUAUCAAUUUUUGAAGCGAGUUCAACACCGGUGGUUGGUUUUGGAAAAGAUAUGGGUGAAAAACCACAAAAAUCAAAAUGUGCAUGAAUUUCUUUUCGUUUCUCAAUUGUUAAAUUAAUAUAAAUUAUGUUGGCGAAAUAUUAUAAAGGAAUUUGUCAUAACGAUAUCUGUACAUUUUCAAGCAGAAAAUCGAGGAACAAAAAAUAUUAACUUAAUGUGUGAGCUGAAAUGAUGGGAAAUGAACGGGAGACAUUAAAUGCAAUUGAUAUUCAAAUAUUGGGAGUGAAAAGUUUAGAAUGUUUGUUCGUAGGUAUUGGAGUGGACGACAUGUUUGUGAUCGUUCAAGCUUGGAGCAAUUUGGCACCAGAAAUAUGUCAGACCCAACCAAUACAAGAACGACUUGGACUUACUCUGAAACAUGCUGUAAGUUGUAAGAGGUGUUCAUCCUACAACAAUUUUUUUUAAAUAAUAGUGUGCACCUGCUAUUAAGUAGAGUUAGAAAGCAGUUCCUAAUUCAAUCAGUGUCGAGUUGCGCAUGAUCGCAUCAAUUCAGCCAUAUUAUGUCGCUGUCUUGUUUCAGGGAUGCUCAAUCACCAUCACAACUUUGACGGAUUUUCUUGUCUUUCUCAUAGGAUCAACUACGGUUUGUACGAAUAUUUAUUCAAUGUAAUUGUAGUUUUAAUUAGUCCGGUUUUCCUUGGUCUUCCUUACAGCCGCUUUAUGGGAUAUCAUUUAACGCUCCUUCAGGAGGGGCUGGGAAAGGGGGAUGGGUUGGGGGAGGGGUUGGGGGAGGGGUUGGGGGAGGGAAUGGGUUUGGGGGGGAGAGCGUUGCAUGACAUUCCAAAAACGGCUGCAAAAGAAAUAAGUUUUUACAUGAACUGAAUAAAAAAAUCUUAUCAUGUAAAGUUAGAAUACACAAACAAAACUAAGACACCUCAGUUGAAGCAGUUUUGGAUUCAUUUGAGUUCACGGGUACAACAAACUACAAACAAACGAAAAUGCAGGGGUAAAAAGACUCAUUAUUGACUUAAUUAAGAGUCCUUCAGAUGCUCUAAAUUACAAUUCCACUAGCUAAUGAAUAAGCAGAAUAAAAUUUCUACUUUAAAAAGAGAUUGAACGAACUUGUACUGCUGCUUUUCGUGAUCCAUUGCAUUUUUCACUUCUGCAAUGUUCACACUUUUUUCUUCUAAUCUUUUCAACCUUCUAGUUUGAAAGUUGCACAUGAGCGUGGUUUUUUUGAUAUUUUAUUGCAGCUAUUACCAGCACUGAGAGCAUUCUGUAUUUAUGCGGCAAUAGGUAAGUGAUUUUACCCAUACACAGGGAAGUGGGAAUGGAAUCGUUCAGGUAAGCGAGUCAGAUGCUACAUUAACGCCUUACAUACCUUAGAGAACAUGCACGUCUAGGUGAUUAUCACACUCUUAUCAACUUUCCAUACCUGAAAGCAGGUCAAAUGGCUACCUGGAACUAUUAACGUUUUCACCUUUCAAUUUUUAAAGAACCUUUAGCCCCUCAUAAAAAGAGCAAGGUGAGGUGAACCCCAACAUUCUAGAGAUAUUGUGCGCAGUAUAGCAUGAAAGUAUUAACCCAUAGCGUUUUUACUUUGGUUUGUAUUACAUUAGGUGUUUUGGCAGACUUCAUCCUUCAAGUUACUUUAUUCACAGCGUUAUUGGCGAUCGACGCGCGAAGGUAACAGUCUAGUCGUGAUUGUUACCACUCGCGUUAAGUUGCUGAAAUCAGAUUUGCUGAAGUUAAAACAAGCCCUGUAAAUUUAGUAUUUUACUUUUACCUUUCAAAGAUCUGCACAUUCGCCCUCCGAACAGCUGAAUGAGCCUCUUCACUUUUUUCGAAUUGCAAAUUAUUACUGUAUCACUUACAAGGUGCUUUUCCCAGGAUAGUAUCUUUUGAGCUGAUCAUCCUUACGUGAUCCUUUAAGGAACAAACAACAUUCAUGUCAUAUAAAAGGGGCAAUGAUGCAUGUUAUUUGGUCAAGAAAAAUUAUGCAAUCACUUUAAUUAAUCAUACGAAAAACGUAAAAUUAAUCAUGCUUUCAUCUUUACCUUUUCCGCUUUUCGAAGAUUUGCUACUCUUUUUUUUCGGUGUGAAUCAUCUUUGGCCUCUUGGGCCAUCGUCCUCUUCUCUUCUUUGAUUUUGUCGAAAUACAAUCUUAAUACCUCCCUUUGGCUCAUUCAUGUUCUCCAGAACUGACUGAAAACCAUUCUUGUUUUCUUGUUGAUGCAGGCAAAAGAAAAAAAGGGAUGGCCUUUGCUGCUGUUGCAUAACGCUACCAGAUAACUAUCGAGAGAGCUCCCUUGCAAAAAAAGACUUUCUCAAAACGAGUAUGGACAAGAUUGGAUUAGCCAUGCUGUCUCUUCCCGGGAAGGUUUUUGUCAUCGUCAUAACAGGAGCCCUGUUUGGUUUUAACCUCUAUGGAGCAAUUAUGCUAAAGCUUUCCUUCGAUCAAAACCGGUUUUUGCCUCCUGACUCGAUGUCCUACAAGUAUAAGUUUACCAACAGCAAGGUAACCUCGCAAUCUUGGAUAAAACUGUCCACACAUUUUCUGUCUUUACAUUUCUCUCCUGUGUCACAUUAUUUGGGAAACUUCAGCUCUCCCGUCUAUUCCUACCUAUUUCCUUCCUUCCAUAAACUAUAGGAUAUAGAAGUUGGUAUCAAAGUUGGUCUUUACUCGUACUGGAAUGUUAUCAAGCAAUACUUUCCGAAGGAUAAUCGUUUCCAGUUGGAGUAAUCGCAAAAUUAUUUGUUCUUACAUUGCAGUAUUUUCCAGUAAACGGGGCCUCAGUGAACAUAUAUACAGGUACGCUUAGCAAGGGGUUUUUAAAAAUUCACUUCUAUCUUCACUGAGAAAAUUCUAAGAAUUUCAAGUGUUUCCUAUGAUAAUCUACUACAUUUGUAUUAAUCUUAGUUCAAGUAUUUCAUAAUGGCCCACUUAGCUUAAACUUUGUCUCAAGCGUGAAAAAACUGGAUCAACUUGGUGACUCAAAAACAUCAAUUUGAGGAUUACUUUGUCCUACUUUGCGUUCAACUUCUUUCCAAAAGCUGUUCCCGCCAGUAGAGGUUUAAAAGUUGCACAAUUCGACUUCAAAAACAGCUGUUAAAAACAUGGGUUUCUCAUUUCAUAAUUUUUCCCAUGGAUUUGACUGCCAACUUAAAUUCCAUGAACAGGACUAGUACAGGAGCGUGUUAUGCGGAUCUGUUAAUUUUUCUUUCCUCAGGAAAGUUCGAUUACUUUAAAGAACAAGAUAAACUUCACAGGGUCUACAACAUUGCAGUCAGUGACAAAAAAUAUAUAGUUUCUAGUUCCAUAAACAGUUGGUAUGAAGACUUUGUUAGCUGGGCUAUUGACAAGAAACCAGGAAAGUGUAUCCAGAAAAGUAAGCAUAUGACAUAUUGAAAGCUAGACAAUGAUUCAAGUAAUCAGAGGACAUGAAACUUUCCAAACAAUACGCAUCAUGUGCGUUCUUGUGACGCAUUUCGCCGAGUUAACUGUUGUUUUUUAAGAAAAACGCAUAACUGAUGGCUUGUUUGUUUAUCAAAUUAUGCUAUAGUUUUGAUUAAUUUGUGACAGUAAUGUGUUUUAAAAACAGAACAAAUACUAUUCGUCAACAUUCUUGUUGACUUAUGGGUUUCGUAAAAGCGUAAAAGAAGUCUUGUGUGAAAUCUAAGCGCUAGUUAUAACUGAGCAUUUCAUUUAAGGAUACACCAAGCAAAAUAGGGAAAUGACUUUAAAUAAGUAUUAGCUUCUAAUGGUCGCAUCCUAUCUCAGCUUCAAAAUGUUUUUAUCUUUUAAGGGAGGAUCACCAAUGAGACAUGUUUUUAUCCAUGGCUGGGCGAGUUCCUUCGUACUUCUGGUCUCAGUUAUCAGAGUGAUAUCAGGACUGAAAAUGGAACUGGUCAGCUUCCACUACAGAUUCUGGUAAUACUUAACCAAUGUUGCUAUACGUCUGCUCACUUAUAGCUCACAGUUGACAAUAAAAUGUGGUGAGGACAAAAAUGCGAUACACGAGGCACAGCCAAGUGUCACUAAUGGUCUUACCACAUUUUGACAUCUACUGUGACCUAUUUCUCAAUGGACCCACAGCAACAUGGAAUCGAUUUGCUUUUUUAUAAAAAAGAAGCAAAAAAACUAGCAGUGAUGACCUCAUCUAUGAGUCCGUUCUCGAAUAGAUCAUAAGUUUGGACCAACAAAAAUCGAGCGUAAUUCAGCUCAUCAUAUACAGUCAAUUAGCUGUGGUCUCAUCUCCUUUGUAAAUUAUUUUGGCAGAUUGUCGCACAUAUUAAGGGCAAUUGCUUUGUCAAAAAUUUGCAUAUAAGAGAAAAGGAUAUUCUUACCAUGCAUUACACAUCGCUUAUCUCAAUUCUCAAAUGUCAGUUUUAAAAGACACUUAAAAAGUAUUUUUUCAACAAGCUUAUAACUCUUUUAAUUUUUUUUGAUGAUAGAUGUGUUUAAUUAUCUUAGAAUUUUGAACUUAGUUUAUUCUUAUACAUUUUUUUCUUUUUUCUUUUUUUUUUUUUUUAGCUUUUUAAUAAUCUUUAAUGUAAAGCGCCAGGGUGAAAUUAAUGGAUUUGGCGCUACAUUAAUACUUUUAUUUAUUUUUAUUUUCUCGCGUUGCCCUCAGCUACAGUUGAUUUAACAUCCUCUCAACCUGGAGGAUGUUAUCCAUUAUUCACAUAAAUGCUCUCACAAUAGGCAUCUCAGAUACGCUUGAGGCACAGAAACUUGGACUCAACGCGAGAAGAAGUGAAAGCAAUGGAGAAUUUACGAGACAAAAUCAAAACCGUGUUUCCUAAUGACAGCCUCGGAUUUCCGUUUUCACCAUAUUACUUUACAAGUGAAACAAAUAAGGUACACCUUUUUGGCUGAGUGUUUAGCACACACAGUGACACCUUCAUCAAGCAGACCGUACAUAAAAAGAAACUUUGAAUAAGUUAUUACCAGCCACAGCAACUCCCCUUUUUUUCUGUAAAAUAAGACAUUUUUUCACUUACAUAACUAUGAUAUGAUUCAGUGAAGACUCACGACAGUUUGGGUUUAACAUUUCUCAAACUGUGACUUCUUCAAUUCUUUUGCCUAGGUUCAUGAACACAAGUAGGCAGUCAAAUUGACUUAUCACUUUUAUAUCAUGAAUAGCCCUUUAUCAGGAAAGCCUUGAUUGACAUUGUUGUUAAAUUCUAUGGGAAAUGCUUCAUUAACUGUCAUGGCAACAUCGAUCGCUGGUUUGAAAUUCAUUCUUCAAUCAUCUUGUACUCCUGAACAAUUGCAGGGGUACAUGCCUGUAUAAACUUGCUUGCCAGUAGUUAAGAGUAUAAGCAGAGUAAUUUGAUUUAAUUUAUUUAGAUUAUUUCAACGGAGCUUUACCGAAACACGGGCCUGGCACUUUUAACAGUAUUGGUGGCUACUGCUGUUGUGCUACCAAGCUUGAGGAUAUGCUUUUUAGUAUUUUCCUGUGUUGGAUUUACGUUGGUGGGUGUAACACUGUCUCAAUUGACUUGAGUUGUAAAAUUGUUAUGUUAAUGAUGUAGCAACAUUGUCAUACUAAUGAUGUAGCAACAUUGUCAUGGUAGUGAUGUAGCAACAUUGUCAUGGUAAUGAUGUAGCAACAGUGUCAUGGUAAUAAUGUAGCAACAUUGUCAUGAUAAUGAUGUAGCAACAUUAUCAUGUUCAUGAUGUAGCUACAUUGUCAUGCUAAUAAUGUAGAGAGAUUGUCAUGUUAAUGAUGUAGCAACAUUGUCAUGUUAAUGAUGUAGCUACACUGUCAUGCUAAUAAUGUAGAGAGAUUGUCAUGUUAAUGAUGUAGCAACAUUGUCACUGUAUUUAGGUGUAGAUAUAACAUGCAGUAGUGGUUGUAGUAGCAGAAGUUGAUGUUGAUGUUGAUAUUAACAAUGAUGAUGACAAUGACUAUUUUCUGUUACCAUAAUGGACUUAAAACAUGUUGACCAUUUAACAUUUCUUUUCAAAAAACAGGUUGGAAUAAUGGGAACAAUCCAUUUUUGGGGUCUGACAAUUGAUAUUGUGACUACCAUUUGUGUUGUGUUGGCCAUUGGAUUGUCUGUGGAUUACUCAUCCCACAUUGGACACACUUUCAUGAUAAGAUCUGGUACACGAAAGGGUAAGUUGGGAAAAAGAGAUCCAUGCAGCAUAACCCUUUAACUCUUGAAAGUGGUUAACAUGUUCCUUCUUACUGUAUUAUCCAGGAAACAAGUGAUGAGAAUACUCAAACUUACCAACUAACACCAAUUUCUCUUCACUAAAUUACAAGGAAAUGUGUAACAGCCAAAGGGGAGAAUUAAGAAACAGAUCUUAGGAGUUACACAGUUAAACAAUUGAUAAUUAAUGUAAUUCAUAUUACUUUGUUAUUGUGACCACAGCAUCAGUGAAUUUUUGCUACUGAAAAAUUUUGUCAAUAUCUUGGUAGUUUAGUUUGGUUAAUUAUGAGUGUAACUUGAAACUGACAGAGGACAAUAUUCAUUUUGUCUCAUUUUGCCAAUCAAAUCAUGACAGCCAAAGAGGGAGGCAGAAGUGUCUUAGGUCACAUGUGAGCCACUAUCUUGUCAACAAAAGUUAUAACUUCUCAUAAUAAAAACCUUUCAUGUCUCAAACUCUAGACUCUACAAGAAAAUCCUGAUAGAACCUUGAUUAACAGCUUUUCCGUGUCCCAUAUCCUCCAAUAGGAUUUAGUCAAUAUUGUGCUACCUGAAGUCUAAUGCCUAUAAAAUAAUGUAGACUCUGGCUUAGUCCAUCGAACAGUAAUUUUUAAGAAUUUUUAUGCUUAAAUUAUUUUCUUUGAGAACGAGCUCUGACCACCCUACGUGACAUGGGACCUGCAGUUUGGAAUGGUGGUUUUAGUACAUACAUAGCUGUUGGCCCUCUGGUGCUUUCCAAUUCUUAUCCAACAAUGACUUUCUUUAAGGUAAGAUAUCAUAGCAAUAACUUUCAAGUAGAGCACUUUUCAACUGAGUCUAGCAAUCAAAAUUUAAAAAAGAUCAAAAGUAGCUGAUGAUAGCUUGGAGCGAAAACAAGCAAACUUUCUUACACAACAAAAUAAAAGCUAGCAACCAAGUCACAAUUGGUUUCAGUUUGUGUCCAAUUGGUUGAAAAAGUGGCACAAGUUUUAUAGGCAUAGAGCAAAGUAAAGCAAAACCAACACAGGGUAAGAAUUCUUCUAUAACCUUCAGUCAUACUGCUGUGGGUAACAAAAGACCAUUUUUGGAGUUAAACACAGAAUUGAACAGCAGUGAUCAUUAAAGAUACACUAUAGCACUUUUGCCAUCCAACCUUAGCCUAAACUUGUACUUACCAAUUCUUAUUAAUCAUCAGGUGUUUUUAUGUGUUGUAUUUUAUGGAUUAUUCCAUGGCCUUUGCUAUCUUCCUGUAUUGCUCUCCCUGAUUGGACCUUCCCCAUACAAUUCUUCUGAGGCCAACACAAAGCCGAGUCCAUCAUCUUCCAAGCCUGAUGACAGCACUGAUUGUAAAGGAGCCUAUACUAAUCCUACACUGGCAACAAGCACUGGAGAUCUGUUAAAUGUUGGUGCUAACCAGCAAAAAUUCUCCCCUCUGUCAAUUGAAGGUAAAUGGAUAAGUUAUGUGGUAAGUUUUUGCCAUUGCAAGUUUUCAAAAUCAUUGGUGACCCUAAUACAACACAGUUUUAGCUACUGCCUGAUAAUAGUAUUUUAGACUUAUUUGUAUUACCUAUAAGGAAAUAAGCAUCUGUAUACUUACAUUUUUAUUGAACCAAGGAUCAAAGAUUUCUGGUGAUAAACCCUUGGUAAUUGACAACUUAACCAAUGAUUGACAGCAGGUUGGGUAUUGAGCACAAACAAUUUUGAGAUGUGUACUCUGAUUGCAAACAAAAUAUGAUUACUUCUGCCAUGCUUUGAGAUCAAUCAGUCAACUGGAGACCUUGCUGUUGGUUUAACCUUUUAACCCUCUUACUCUACAGAACUCAGCUUUUCACACUCUGCCACAUAACUCUUAAAGUUUUAGUCUUCAACAUGUGGAGUAAAAUAUUAAAAAUUGUCUGCUAGCUGAUGUCUUCUUUAAUUCUUUAAUUUCCAGCCACUGCUCAUGUCUCAAAAGCCUCUGUAUUUCAAUGUCCUAAUCACUUGUUUAGCCAGUAUGCAAGGUUCUUAGUUGCACUGGGAAGUCUUCACAUUAUCCCAAAUUUCACUCUUAAACUAGAAAAUUUCUACCUGGUGACCCUCAGUAUGCUGACAUUUCUUUCUUCUUGUACUAGAUUUGGAUGCCACAACAUUAGUUCUUGAGAGUGAAAGAAAGAAAAGUGAAUGAGGAAUUUUUUUCAGGCUACAAAUCUAGAUGAAUAUGGACUCUUAAUGGAAACACACAUAUAUCAUUAACUGCAGCUUUUCAAAUUUGUCAGUAAGCUAAAAAGAAUUGUUGUAGAAUGAAAAAGGAAUUUAGAACCUUGAAAUUCUGUUCAUCAGUCUAUGACAACUAAUAUAAAAACAGCAUUUAAAACAUAAUAAUCUACUAGGCAAUAAUUUUUGAGAUAAUUAUUACAUCACUUUGUAUUGUACAGCUUGAGCAUACUGCUCUUGGGUUGAUUUCUUAGCUAACUAUAGAGGGAGGAUUAGAUUAAAAAAUCAAAUGAACAAUUGAGGGGAUGGGUAAUUUGCAAUUGCUAUAUUCUCUUCAUCUUACCUCUGGCUAAUUUUAAACUUGUACAGUUUUCUAAUGUUUUGGAACUUUUCUUUCCUUUUACCCCUUUGAUUAUGCUUGAAAUUCUAAAGAAAAAACCAGCUUAUUAUUGCAAAUUGUAUGAUUUUCUUCAAAUAAUUAUUACCUUUGCAUUAUUCAUACAUUUGAGAAUGGCAUUUUAUUGACAGCAACACAUACAAAUAAACAUACAGAUAGUUUGUUUCAUACUGCUAUGGGUAACAAAAGGAUAUAGGAAAGUUCAGGAGUUAAACACAAAUUAACCCUUUACACCCUGACAUCAGUAUGCAUAUUCUCCAGUCUGUUCUCUAUGUAUCCUAAGGUUCUCACAAGGAGAAUUUGGUUUUCAAUGUAGAGCUUCUUCAGUUGGUGAUCAUUUAAUUCAUUCUCAUGACCUUAAUGUUUGAUUCAGGGGUGAUAUUGUAAGGAGAAAUUAGAUGCUAGUCACUCUUAGGGUUUACAGGGUUAGGACAGGAAAGAUUAUUGGGGUUAAGAAAUGACAGAGCAAUUUGACCAAAUAAAAUUUGCUUUGAACUUGCAUUAACCUGAAUUCUCAUCAGGUGUUUUUUUGUGUGUGUGUUGUGUUUUAAGGAUUAUUCCAAGGCCUGUGCUAUCUUCCCAUAUUGCUCUCCUACUAUUGGAAGACCAGAUUAACUUUUGCAGGAUGACAUAUUAAUUGACUUUGUUAAUAUUUUCAUGAAUCUAUGAUCAUUAAUAUAAUAACAGCAUUUGGAACAUAAUCAUGAAUGUAUUUACCAAACCAUGAUUUUUGUAAUAAUUAUAAAGUCAGCUGUAAUCAUGCAUAUAGUAAUCAUUAUGUUGUAAUCAUGCAUAUUGCAUGCUGUGUGGGAAGUUGGAUUGGAUUUAUUUACAAACAUAACUUAAUAUCAAGGGAAGAUCAUGAGAUAAAAAUAUUAAAUGGAGGAUG